AUAAAAGGAUAUAGGGAGAGGGGAUAGGGGUAUGGAUAAAAGUACAGAACUAUCUUACUUAGGCGAUCCCUCGUAGGCCGAGGAUGAUGGUUCUCCAUUUGUGGGGUCUUGGGUGUGUGUUCUUAGGUGGCUGAAGAGACCUAUUCUUGACCCGCAUAUUCUCACGCAUUGAGGACAUCGGUUUCCAGGUGGAAGGUGGUCCCGGUCAGGGUUGACUUGACAGGCCUUCCUCUUGGCACGUUUCUCCCUUAAGCCCUCCACUCGCGCCUCUUCGAACUCCGCAGCACUGCUGGUCACAGCUGACCUCCAAUUGGAGCGCUCAAGGGCCAGGGCUUCCCAGUUGUCAGUGGCUAUGCCACAGAUUUUAAGGUUGGCUUUAAGCCCAUCUUUCAAUCUCUUUUCCUGCCCACCGACAUUACGUUUCCUGUUCUUGAGUUCGGAGUAGAGCAACUGCUUUGGGAGACGGUGAUCGGGCAUUCGGACAACGUGGCCAGUCCAGCGGAGUUGAUGGUGUAGGAGCAUCGCUUCAAUGCUGGUGGUCUUUGCUUCCUCAAGCACACUGACAUUUGUCCGCCUGUCUUCCCAAGAGAUUUGCAGGAUUUUUCGGAGGCAACGCUGAUGGAAAUGCGCCAGGAGUUGAGUGUGAUGUCUGUAGACCAUCCACAUUUCACAGGCGUACAGCAGGGUUGGGAGGACAAUGGCUUUGUAAACAAGCACCUUGGUCUCUCUAUGGAUGUCCCGGUCAUCAAACACUCGCUGCUUCAUUUGGAAAAAUGCUGCACUCACAGAGCUCAGGCGGUGUUGUAUUUCAGUGUCAAUGUUGACUUUUGUGGAGAGGUGGCUGCCAAGGUAGCGGAAAUGGUCAACAUUUUCUAAUGUUACACCGUUAAGCUGUAUUCCUGGCUUUGCAGAGGGAUUAGCUGGUGCCUGUUGGAAGAGCACUUUGGUUUUCUCGAUGUUCAAUGAGAGGCUGAGUUUCUCGUAUGCUUCUGCGAAGGUGUUUAGAGUGGCUCGUAGGUCUUCUUCUGAAUGUGCACAGACUACGUAGUCUGUACAGAAAUAUCAGGUUACACAGGGUUAGAAUAAAAAUAAUAGAAAUUUAAAAAGAGAGAAAUAUAUAUAAGAGAAAAAAAAGGGGGGGGAAAGAGAGUAAGAAGGGGAAAUUGUUACUUCCAUUCUUCUACUUUGCAUUUCACUUAAUUCUUAAACUAACUGUUUGAUGUCUUGGUCUCUUCUUCCUUUCUUGUCCCAAAUUCCGGAUCUUUCAUUUUUUGGUUUCUAAUAAUAAUUUGUUUAUAUUGUCUCUUAUUUCUAUAUUUUCAUGUAUUCCAUCAAGGGUCGCCAGUCCAUAGGUGUAAAUGGCCUCCUUGUAUGUCUCUUCAUUAAAAAUGUUAGCCUGUCCAUGUCCAUAAUCACCAUGACUUUUUCUAACUAUUGAUUCAUCUUUAAGUGGAACUUCUUCCAUUUCCCAAUAUCUGGCGUAGACCAUCCCUGCUGCUGUAGUCAAAAAUACAAAGAGAAUGUCUUUGUUUGUGUCUUAGUCGAUGUCUGGAUCUGUCAAACUCAGUAAAAAUAUUCAGGCUUCAUUUGAAUUUGGAUUAGGAUUUUUUGGCAUAUUUCCUGUAUCAUUUUCCAAUAACUGGUUGCUUUUUUUUUACAAGUCCACCUUGAUUUAUUUAUUCAGCGAAGGAGGAAGCAAGGGGCUCUGGAGGGCCCCUGCGGCCAGGCAAGGGCUCCUUGCCCUCCCUGCCUCCUCCUCCUCCUCCUUCAGAGGCUGCCUCCCCAGCCUCCCAGCCUCCUUCUCAUUGGCCUCCUUGCCCCCUUCACCUCCUUGGCCUCAAUGCUUCCUAUUGGAGUUCAACUCCACAUGGCCCAAGUCUCAAGUCCUCAAUGAGGAAUAGUUUAGUUAGUUUAGUAUAGGCUAAGGCAUUGGUUCUCAACCUGUGGGUCCCCAGGGUACUAGAAUACCCAGGACCCCAGGUAUUUUGGCCUACAACUCCCAGAAAUCCCAGCCAGUUUACCAGUGGUUAGGAUUUCUGGGAGUUGAAGGCCAAAGCAUCUAGGGACCCACAGGUUGAGAACCACUUUUAUUUUUAUUUCAUAUCAAAAGCAUUGCAUAAAUUAGUAUAAAACUGAUAAAAAUAGAAGGAGCACAAGUGGCUAAACAUAUUUUGACCAGAAACAGGCAACAGCGAUCAUAUUGUCUGUAGCCUCAAACAAUUCUUCCUCUGUACAUGAGGCCGGACACUGCGGAAAAGCAUACAGAUACGGAAGGCAUGAUCAUCAAGUUUGCAGAUGACACCAAAUUGGGAAGGAGAGCCAAUACUCCCUUCCUCCAUGUCUCCUAUAUGACAGUUGGGAAUGUAUCUGUUUCUUCUCUUCUCUCUGUUUCUACUCUCAUUCUGAUUGGUUGUGUAAAAUUGGUAUUUUUUUCUGCUGCAAAACUUUUUUAAAACCUGACUUCUGUUUCUCACAUCUUAGUAUGGAGAGUUUGUGCUGUGUAGAGAUGUAAUGCUUGGAUGAUUUUUCCCUUUCUUUGGAACUUUAGAAGAGAUGGGUGUUAGAGUAGCUCAAACCCAGUUAUUUGCCUAUUAAGAAAUGCAGUUAUUAUUUAUUGAUGUAAAUAAACCUUUUGUGAUUUUUGAAGACAGGACUCUGUAUCUUUGCCUGUCUAAGCUCUAAAUUCUUGAUAGCCACAUCACAUGGCACCUGAUGCUUUGCUUGCUGAUGAGCUGAAUGCUCAACUUUUAUAUCCUGUUCAAUUUUCGGAUGCUCUAAUAUAUUUUAGGAUAGUUUUCCUUAACACCUCCUUCUUCUCCUCCUUAUUUUUGGUCUCCCUGCCUCCUCCUACUUCCCGGCUGCCUGUGCCUCUGCCUCUCUCACAGGAAUCAGGAAGAGCAGCCCCCUUGGCCUCAUACAGUGGAAGGCCUUCCAUGGGAGCUGUGGGAGCUGAAGUGCAUGGGAUAGGCUGCAGUAGCAGAGACCCCACCACCUGCCUCCAGAGAACCUGGCUGGAAAAUGAUUUGGAGGGAUUCACAAUUCAAGAAAGAGAUAGCAAAGGACCAAGCAAUGGUGAAGAACCUGGGCCCCAUCAGUUCUCCCAGCCCUUCCACUUUGAAUGUCAAUUGAGGGAAGAGGUGGACAUAUCUUCAUCCAGUUUGGAGGCAGCCUAGAAGCGAAGAACCAAGAUGGAAGGACAAGAGCCAACUGCCACCCAGUUAGAAGUAUUUCCUUCUGCUGUUGAGGCAGAGAACAAUAGAGCACCCUGGGGGGACCCUUGGAGGAAAGACCAGGAGAGCAGCAUCCUCCAUUCCGACCUUCAGUGCCAGCGCUUCCGGCAUUUCCGCUAUGAGGAGGCCUUGGGGCCCCGGGAGGUUUGCAGCCACCUCCACUCCCUCUGCCGCCUGUGGCUGAAGCCAGAACGACACUCCAAGGCGGAGAUGCUGGACCUGGUGCUCCUGGAGCAGUUCCUGGCCGUCCUUCCUGUGGAGAUGGAACGCUGGGUGAGGGAAUGUGGGGCAGAGACCAGUUCCCAGGCCGUGGCUUUGGCUGAAGGAUUCCUCCUCAGUCAGGAAGAGGAAAGGAAGCAGGAGAAGCCACAGGUGCAGAACUCUUUUCCAGAUGAAACCAACCAGGCAGAGGAAUCCGUUUCACACAUUUGGGUCGUCCAGAUUGGAGAAGGAGAAUAUAUCGUAGUUGAUAGUGAAACAUGGCGAAUUAAUAGUAGCACAACUUUUCAUGAUUCCUUCUUAAGAAGACAUUCUGCAGGACCAGAUCAGGUAACUUUUGAAGAUGUGUCUGUGGAUUUCUCAGAGGAAGAGUGGGCCCUCUUGGAUACAAGCCAAAGAGCCUUGCACCAGCAGACCAUGGAGGAGAAUUUAGAGAUUAUGUCAUCUGUGGCCAUGUCAAUAGAGGAGACACCAUUUAAAUAUUUGGAAGAUGGAAUGAAUUUCAAUAGGAAGGAAGUGCUAUCCUUCUCUGAAGAAACUCACACAAGUGAUAAACCAUUUAAAUGCUUGGAGUGUGGAAAGGACUUCCGUCAGAGGUCACACCUUGUCAUCCAUCAGAAAAACCACACAGGAGAAAAGCCAUUUAAAUGCCCAGAGUGUGGAAAGAGCUUCAGUCAGAAAUCAGACCUUGUUCGUCAUCAGGCAACACACACAACAGAGAGACCAUUUCAUUGCUUGGAGUGUGGAAAGAACUUCCGUCGGAAGGGACACCUUGUUCGUCACCAGGCAACUCACACAGGAGAAAAACUGUUUAAAUGUUUGGAAUGUGGAAAAGGUUUCUCUCAGAAGGCAGGCCUUGUUCAGCAUCAGGCAGUUCACACAAGACAGAAGCCAUUUAAAUGCUUGCAGUGUGGAAAGAGCUUCAGUCACAAGAACUUCCUUCUUAGUCAUCAGGCAAUUCACACAGGAGUAAAGCCAAAACGCUUGCACUAUGAAAAGAGCUCCAAUCUCAAGAACAUCCUUAUUCGUCACCAGGCAACUCACACAGGAGAGAAACCAUUCAAAUGCCCAGAGUGCGGAAAGAGCUUCAGUCAGAACUCACACCUUGUUUGCCAUCAGUCAACUCACACAGGAGAGAAGCCAUUUAAAUGUUUGGAAUGUGAAGAGCUUCAGCCAAAAGAGAAGCUUUGUUUAUCAUCAGGAAACUCACAUAGUAUAGAGACAAUUUAAAUGCUUGGAGUGUUGAAAGAACUUCAGUCAGAAAUCAUACCUUGUUCGUCAUCAGGAAAAACCAGAAUAUGGAAAGAGCUGCAGUUGAAAUACAAGCCACCUUUUUCAUUAUCAACCCAUAUGGAAGAAAUGGGGUAAAGGAUUUGUUUUACAUCAGAGGGGGCAUGAAUCGUUGUCAUAGAAACACUGAGUUUAAAAUCCGUGGUUUUUGGAGGAAAUAAUAACCUGAUCAAUUUUUUUUCAUGAAAUAUCUCAUUAAGCAUAAGUGAUAAUAUUUUGAGAGCUAAAGGAAGGAUAUUUCAGGGGUUUUUUUUACCUAUUCAUGCAUACUGGUUAUUGCAAAUAUUUCCUGUCCUAUAUAUUUAAGGUUAAAAAUACAUUUAAUUGAGAAGUUUGAUGAGAAGUGUGGGAAUGGGUUCGAUUAAUGACUGACAGCCCUGUGUUCCAUGUAAUUCUAUGUAUGUGGGACUCGGUUUUCUCUUUGAAAUAUCUAAUAAAGCAUAACUGAUAAA